GGCUCCGCUCGCAGGCGGGGAGGCACCGGGGAGGAGGAACAGGGCUGCGGAGCUGGGGCGUUAGCUGCGUCCCGGCUCAGAGCCCGCGAAGAGGACGAGGACCGAGGCGCCGCCGCGGCCGUGGCCGCAGCACUCUGGGCGCGACAAGCCAUGAGCAGCGACGCCGCGGUCGCUUGCCGCCGCUGAGCCCAACCCGGACACAGCUCGCCGCGCCCUGGCACCCCCUUCUGCGGAUACCCUCGCCCCCAGAGGCACAGUCUCGCUUUUCCACCCAGUCUUGCCUCACAGUCCCGGCAAUCCACCUGCCUCGCCUCUUGAGUGAUAGAAGUACACAUAUUAAUGUGGCUGCUUAUGACUAAGGAUUCUGGGACCACAGAUGUUCAGAGAAGUAACAUAUACAUAUAAGAAACAUGAUUCCGGUGACCGAGUUCCGGCAGUUCUCCGAGCAGCAGCCCGCCUUCCGGGUGCUGAAGCCGUGGUGGGAUGUGUUCACGGAUUACCUCUCGGUGGCCAUGCUGAUGAUCGGAGUGUUUGGAUGUACUUUACAGGUCAUGCAAGACAAGAUCAUCUGCCUUCCAAAAAGAGUGCAGCCUACUCAGAACCACUCUUCCCUUUCCAAUGUCUCCCAGGCAGUUAUCAGUAACACUCCGCUGCCCCCACCUAAACCCUCACCGACCAACCCCGCGACCGUGGAGAUGAAGGGACUAAAGACAGACCUGGACCUUCAGCAGUACAGUUUCAUCAACCAGAUGUGCUACGAGCGAGCCCUCCACUGGUAUGCCAAGUACUUCCCAUACCUGGUGCUCAUCCACACCCUGGUCUUCAUGCUCUGUAGCAACUUCUGGUUCAAAUUCCCCGGAUCCAGUUCCAAAAUAGAACAUUUCAUCUCCAUCCUGGGGAAGUGCUUUGACUCCCCAUGGACCACACGGGCUCUCUCCGAAGUAUCCGGAGAGGACUCCGAAGAGAAGGACAAUAGAAAGAACAACAUGAACAGGUCCAGCACCAUCCAGUCUGGUCCCGAGGGCAGCCUGGUCAAGUCCCAGUCUCUCAAGUCAAUUCCUGAGAAGUUCGUGGUUGACAAAUCUGCCGCAGGGGCUCUGGACAAGAAGGAAGGUGAGCAGGCCAAGGCUUUGUUUGAGAAGGUAAAGAAGUUCAGACUGCAUGUGGAAGAAGGUGAUAUCCUGUACGCCAUGUACGUGCGACAGACUGUGCUUAAGGUCAUCAAAUUCCUAAUCAUCAUUGCCUACAACAGUGCCCUGGUUUCCAAAGUCCAGUUCACAGUGGACUGUAACGUGGACAUCCAGGACAUGACGGGCUAUAAGAACUUUUCUUGCAAUCACACCAUGGCUCACUUGUUCUCUAAGCUCUCCUUUUGCUACCUGUGCUUUGUAAGCAUCUACGGCCUGACGUGCCUUUACACCUUAUACUGGCUGUUCUACCGCUCUCUGAGGGAGUAUUCUUUUGAGUAUGUCCGGCAGGAGACUGGAAUCGAUGACAUUCCGGACGUGAAAAAUGACUUCGCUUUCAUGCUCCAUAUGAUAGACCAGUAUGACCCUCUCUAUUCCAAGCGGUUUGCAGUGUUCCUGUCUGAAGUCAGCGAGAACAAGUUAAAACAGCUCAAUUUAAAUAACGAGUGGACCCCGGACAAACUGAGGCAGAAGCUGCAGACAAAUGCCCACAACCGCCUGGAGCUGCCUCUGAUCAUGCUGUCUGGCCUCCCAGACACCGUGUUUGAAAUCACAGAGUUACAGUCUCUGAAGCUGGAGAUCAUUAAGAAUGUCAUGAUCCCUGCCACCAUCGCCCAACUAGACAACCUCCAGGAGCUCUGUCUGCACCAGUGCUCCGUCAAGAUCCACAGCGCCGCGCUCUCCUUCCUGAAGGAGAACCUCAAGGUCCUGAGUGUCAAGUUUGAUGACAUGAGGGAGCUGCCCCCCUGGAUGUACGGCCUCCGGAACCUAGAGGAGCUCUAUCUGGUUGGCUCUCUGAGUCACGACAUCUCCAAAAACGUCACCCUGGAGUCUCUGCGGGACCUCAAAAGCCUUAAAAUCCUUUCCAUCAAGAGCAACGUCUCCAAGAUCCCUCAGGCUGUGGUAGACGUGUCCAGCCACCUCCAGAAGAUGUGCGUCCACAAUGACGGCACCAAACUGGUGAUGCUCAACAACCUGAAGAAGAUGACCAACCUGACGGAGCUGGAGCUGGUCCACUGCGACCUGGAACGCAUUCCCCACGCCGUGUUCAGCCUGCUCAGUCUCCAGGAGCUGGACCUGAAGGAGAACAACCUCAAGUCCAUAGAGGAGAUCGUGAGCUUCCAGCACUUGAGAAAGCUAACUGUGCUCAAAUUGUGGUAUAACAGCAUCGCUUACAUUCCAGAGCACAUCAAGAAACUGACCAGCCUGGAGCGACUGUUUUUCAGCCACAAUAAGGUAGAGGUGCUUCCCUCCCACCUCUUCCUGUGCAACAAAAUCAGAUACCUGGACUUGUCCUAUAACGACAUCCGCUUCAUUCCGCCUGAAAUCGGAGUUCUGCAAAGUUUACAGUAUUUUUCCAUCACUUGUAACAAAGUGGAAAGCCUCCCAGAUGAACUCUACUUCUGCAAGAAACUUAAAACUUUGAAGAUUGGGAAAAACAGCCUCUCCGUACUUUCACCAAAAAUUGGCAAUCUACUAUUUCUUUCCUACUUAGACAUCAAAGGCAAUCACUUUGAAGUUCUCCCUCCCGAGCUGGGAGACUGCCGGGCUCUGAAGCGAGCUGGGCUAGUUGUGGAAGAUGCUCUGUUUGAGACUUUGCCCUCAGAUGUCCGGGAGCAGAUGAAAGCAGACUAACUUAUUUUUCAUCAGAGUAUGACUGAAACGUGCUUCUACCAAAUACAAUAUAAAGAAUUAGGUAGUCCUAAUGCCUUUCCUAUAUUAUUAUUUUUUUUUCCUUUUCCACACGAGACAACAUGUACACAAAGAUUGAGUAAGGAGUAUGUAUUUUUUAAUAAAAAUUUAAUUGUAUUUUUUCAAUAUUAA